CAAAGCACAAUCACACCCUUUUCGAAGUUUAAAUGACUGUUUUACCCUUUUCCAGAGAAGACUGAAACGCCAUUAUUAACGGUCAAGAAAAAAAGAAGAAGAAAAUCCACCGCCAUCAAUCUCAAUCAUCAGUGAGACCCAGCCACGGCCAUGGCUACCACUUGUACUGCUCUGAGUGUGGCGUCCAUGGCAGGAGGCGCACGGGCAUGCUUAUUUUCUCAUCUCCCCCGCACGCUAGCAAAAACCAAUAUCAGUACCACAAGUAUUGUUUCCUCAAAAUGGAUUUAUUCCUCGAAAAUGGGUCUUAAUCCUCUGCAACGCGAGUGCGUGAUAAACAAAACUGUACAUGCUAGGAAGCUUCAAGUUCGCGCUGCUAGAACCGAGUCACAAGGUGUCUCCUUAGGGUUUAGAGCUCCCAGUUUCGAGUUGCCAGAGCCUCUCACUGGGAAAACUUGGAAACUUGAAGAUUUUGAGCCAUAUCCUGCUUUACUGGUUAUGUUUAUCUGCAAUCACUGCCCUUUCGUUAAACACUUGAAGAAGGAUAUAGUGAAGCUCACAAAUUUUUAUAUGAAGAAAGGACUUGCAGUUGUAGCAAUAUCUUCAAACUCAGUAGCUACUCAUCCACAGGAUGGACCAGACUUGAUGGCAGAGGACGCCAAAAUACUUAAUUACCCUUUCCCUUAUUUAUAUGAUGAGUCGCAAGAAGUAGCUCGAGACUUUGGAGCAGUUUGUACACCAGAGUUCUUCCUAUUUAAAAAGGAUGGACGGAGACCAUUUGAGCUGGUGUAUCAUGGCCUGUAUGAUGAUUCCAGACCCAGUAAUAAUGUGCCUAUCACUGGAAGGGACUUAAGUCUUGCAAUUGACUCUGUUCUUAGUGGCCAGCCAGUAUCACCAGUUCAGAAACCCAGUGUUGGAUGCAGCAUAAAAUGGCAUCCUGGGGCGAAGUAACCUCCCAUGUUGGGUUUCAGGAUCAGAAUCCAAAAGCCUGAAUUUUGUUCUAUGGUAUGCUGUGUCUCCUUUCUGAGAAUUCAUAAUCAUUGUGAUAUUGAUAGCCUAUUAUUGAUUAUUCUACAGCAUCAUGAAUUUUUUCUGUCACCGCUGCUGUUUCUUUGUUAUGCCUCCAGUGUUCUAAUUCAUCUUUGGACUCUUCCAAGAGCAGGACGCAAGGUUUAGCUUAACAUGAGUAAUUAUAUUGAGAUAUAUGUGAAAUAUGAUUUCAUGACUUACGUAGGUUUACAUUCCUA